CCGGCAUUUACAAGAUCUGGGAGAUUGCAGGCGGGCUGUGCCUGGAGGUGGAGGGCAAGAUGGUCAGUAGAGCAGAGGGUAAAACUGAUGACUCGCUCAUUGGUGGAAAAGCCUCCUCUGAAGGCCCAGAGGGCGAAGGUACCGGAAGCACGGUAGUCACUGCUGUGGAUAUUGUCAUAAACCAUGAGGUGCAGGAAACCAGCUUCACAAAAGAGGCCUACAAGAAGUACAUUAAAGAUUAUAUGAAAUCAAUCAAGGGCAAACUUGAAGAACAAAGACCAGAGAGAGUAAAACCCUUAAUGACAGGGGCUGCAGAACAAGUCAAGCACAUCCUUGCUAAUUUCAAAAACUAUCAGUUCUUUAUUGGUGCAAAUGUGAAUCCAGAUGGUGUGGCUGCUCUCCUGGACUAUGGUGCGGAUGGUGUGACCCCAUCUGUGAUUUCCUUUAAGGGUGGUUCAGAAAUGGAAAGAUGUUAA